AUGAAUGUAAUUUCACACGAAGACCAUCUACUCUACGUCCUCACACGCUCCGGUUGUGAAGAAUCCCGAUUAGAAGCCGAUGAAUACAAAGAAAUAUUUCAAGUGUACAAAAUACUUGUACUAUUCAUUGCUCCAGUAAAUAUCCUCCUUAACGGAAUAUCUCUAAACAUUUUCGGACACCGCAUGUGGAAAAAUAGCUCAACCAGUGCCAUUUUGAAAAGCCUCUCCGUAUUCGAAAUCUGCUUUGGUAGCAGUCUCUUCCUACAUACAAUUAAUAGUCGAGUUUUGGAGACUUACACACAUUUGGAUAAUCAAACCGCUGCCACUCUAACCGACAAAGAGCGAAUGACACGAACAAAACUAGUAGCCAGUAUGACUGUAUCGCAUCAAAUUCUAAGCGGAUUUCUUUUUGCUUUUCAAGUUGCACGAAACUGGUCUGUAGUACUUUUGGCCGCUUACCGAUAUGACGCAAUCUGUCGAAAGCUUGGCACCGUUUCUUCAUUUCCAAGAGAAAGAAUUCCCUGGAUUAUGACGGCUACAAUGGUUUUAUCGGGCCUGUUUGCUCUACCCCGUCUCUUUGAAAUAAAAAGUUUCAUAUGUGUUCCGACUGUUAUAAUCUACAAUGAGGAGCCAUUGCUUGCCAAAAAUUUAAUGUAUCAACUCCUCUAUCUUGGCAUCGGAACGUUCAUCGUACAGUCUGGAGGACCUGUGCUCUGUGUGUGUAUACUCAGUUUCUUUGUCAUUCGAAAAAUUGCCCUGCGUCGCAAAUUCAGACGACAAAAUAAACGAACCGUUUUUAUUCUAUCCAGUGGUAAUGAAGAUAAUUCAUGCGUUGAACCGCAAACGGCAACUAAAACGGUUGAAAGAAAGUUGCCGUCUGGUGAUAAACUGAUGUUGGCUUUGUGUUUUAUGUUCUUUGUCCUUGAGACGCCGGCUUUCUUCAGCAAAAUUCUCAGCUCCUACACUUCCACGAAUUAUCCAACACUAGAUGUAUAUAUGUCUGUGAUUGCAAAUUUUCUAAUUUACCUAGACUCAACUGUUAACGUCUUUGUAUAUAUGGGCUCCAAUCCAACAUUUCGAACAGUUGCAAAGUUGAUGUUUAGCCGUGGAACUAACGGCUCACAAGCCAAGUCGAAUAUUAGCAGAAGUAGAGACAGUUAA